UCUUUCUCCAUACUAUUAAAAAUAGUGCAAAUAUGCUAUAAUAUUUUCCCCCUUUAUUUUUUAUUCACCUGAAACCACUACUUUCUAGAAAUCUAAUUAUUUUUUUCCUUCAUUGCUCCAAGUGUAUCGUAAUGUAUGAUAUGUUUCUAAUUAUAUAUGCGUUUACCAGAGAUACAGAUGAAAAUUUUUUGAUUUUGCAUGGGCAGUAACAAUAAGAUGCUAUUAUUUCCUGCCGUAGUAUGGCUUCUGCUUCAAAUUUGCAGCAUAUCCGUCCGCAGCUUUUGGGGUACAGAAAUGCCAUCGAAUCCUUCUUGGGGGAUACUGAGGUACAUGGAUGCCAGUUUCAUUGAGUGGAGCAAAGGAAUCAUCGGAGGAACUUAUUCAAUUUGGCUUUCGGCAUCCAGAAAUAUGCGUGUUUGCGUCUAUAGCCCAGUUUUGGAAACCUGUGCUCAUAUCAGAGGUUUGGGAGAUGAUCACGAAGUGUUGAAGCAACUCAUUAGACUAUCCCCAUUCCAUUCAUUCUGUUACGUGAUAAUUAGGAAAUUCCUGGAAACUGCCUGUUAUUAUCUAGUACGCUGGUUCCCAGCUUUCACAUUCCUGAUGUUUUGCGUCUCUACAUAUUCAGUAUUAUGGAGUAAAAAUGAAGGAUCUUAUACUUCCAAAGAGAGGACUGCAAGAAAACAAUUUGCGGUGGAAGCACUUUUUCCCAAUAUGGAAAUAGUCUUCAAGUUUGCUUUUCUUUUCUCUUUGUUGAUUAUUCUCAGCAUUUUGAUACCUUUUCUGGCAGAACUGACCAUUGGAGGUACCUUGUCUUACCAGUUGAAGAGUAUUUGUAGCCCUUCAUAUUAUAAUCCAUUUGAAGAUGCAUGUAGUGCCUGCCCAACGGAUUCUGGACUCUACAUUUUCAGAUUACUCCAGUUUUACUGCCUGAGAGAAACUCUCUUUGAUUUUGAAGCAACCGGCAUAACACACAAAAUACCAGAAACAUCAAGUGAGAAAUUUCACCUCCAGGUUCUCCUGUCUCUGAUAAACUGGAUAACAUUAAUAAUGUUCAGUGUUUUAUAUGCCAUGCCGAUUCUCAUAUGUUACGUAACUAUGCGAUUGUUUAAGCGGUCAUGCAAGUCUCUUUUCAAGAAUAAUCGAAGAAGAGGUAACUUCAAAAAGAAAAAGGCUGCGAAGCAACAGACAGUAGCCCAUGAACAUCAAACUUCCACAGAACAUUGCAAUAAGAAAAUUUUGGAUCCUGGAGCCAAGAAACCAUGGGCUGAAAUGAAUUUUUCAACAGUUAUGAAACAAACAGGGAAGAAACCUGCAGAAGACAGUGAUAUGCUUGAAGAAUUUAACAAAAACUUCAAACAUAAAGAAAUUGCUGAAUUUGUUUCGAAGAAACCUAUAGCCCACAAAAUCGAUAGGGAAGCUACUAAAAAAGAAGCAAUUUAUUCAGAUCCUAAAAGAUUACUUUAUGAAAAAGAUUUUCAUGCAAGUAACAAACGCCUGCAUUCAGAUUUUUCUUCAGCACAGAAAGAAUUUAUUGGUGAUAGACGUAAAUUAUUAAAAGAUGAGCGAAAAAUUCCACUAAGAGGAGAGGAUGAUAAACUGGAGAAAAAUGGAAACUACGCGAUAAAUCGAGUAAACCGGAAGACUCCAUUGAAAGCAGAGGAUCAUAGGUACAUUGAAAAAGCUGGAAAUUAUGGGAGAUGUCAGACAUUUAAGAAAGCCUACACAGAUCCAAUUCUACAAGGACAACUAAAGCCUUUGCAUCGGAGUGUUGGAACUAACGUGUGUUUUGACUCUGAGGACAGUUCUGAUUCUUCAUAUAGCUACUUGGACCAAAGAAUAGCUAAGUGAAUAAGUUGAUUUCUACAUUUAUCAUGAGUUUAAUAGCGCUUUUAAUACCUUUUACAUUCAGAUUGUCUCUUUUUAUACUUUUAUCCUAAUAAAGCUUUUACUGUGCACUCAAAUUGUGUUUGUAUCUUUAAUUAUA